CACAGGCCAGAGGAGAGACACCAACCAAGAAGAGACAGGACAGAGAAAGAAAGAAAGCUGACGGUGUUCGAUGGAGUUCAAUCGAGAGAAAAAGAGACUGCUUAGAAAAAGAUAAGGAACUGAGAAGACAGGAUACUGUGAAAGAAGCGGAUAACCCACUAACCAGGCUUAGAGACAUUGGCAUGGGGCACCACCUGGAGAUGUAAGGAGAAUAGAGAAGAAAAACCAACUCCAACUGGUAGACAAGAGAAAGAGGAGUACUUCAGAUGCUCUAUGUGUUACACUGAGACUAACAGAUCAACCAACCGACUAACCAACUCACCAUCCUACUGACCGGCUGACUGACCAACCGACCAACCAACCCAGACGAUAGUCUCUGCACGGUAUGCGCCUCCUCAACAAGGACCUGAGGCUGCAGGACGUGACUCUGAUGUACCUGACUGUCUUAGCCACCCUGGUGGUGAUCCUGGUAGCCUCCUACCAGGUAGAUCCUGCUGCCAGCCCCUCCAGGGGAGUAUCCACCCCGACCUCUACCUCCACCCCCGUGCAGCUGCCCUACCACAUGCCCCUGGACCCUCGUGGACACCUCCAGCUCUCUUGGAACAUCUCCUACCCCCUCCAGGAGCUGUAUCUGGAGGUGCGGUGCAGCGAGAUGAAACAUGGCCUGAUCCUGGGGAUGUCCGACCGUGGGGAGCUCACCAACGCUGACCUGGUGGUCCUCUGGGACGAUGGCCACCAGUCCUACUUUGGGGAUGCGUGGAGUGACAGUCAGGGUCGUGUGAGUCUGGACACCCAACAGGACUACCAGCUGAUGGACACCAGGCAGACACCUGAGGGAUUCUCCCUGCUGUUCAAGAGACCCUUCAGCACUUGCGACCCCAGAGAUUACAUCAUAGAGGAGGGUACCGUCCACCUGAUCUACGGAGUGUUGGAUCAGCCAAUCCACUCGCUCCAGCAGCUCAACCUGUCGCAGAUCGAGACGGGAGUGCAGAGGGCCCUCCUGCUGCGCCCAGACACCCCUUCCCCUUCUCUCCCCCUAGACGUACAGACCCUGGAGGUCCGGACCCCCGACGUCACCAUCCCCACCCAGGAGACCACCUACUGGUGCCACAUCUUCCAACUGCCACCCAAUAUGCCCAAGAACCACAUCGUCAUGUAUGAGUCGGUGGUAACCCCUGGUAACGAGGCCAUAGUGCACCACAUGGAGGUGUUUGAGUGUUCUCCUGAGAUGAGUACGGUCCCCCAGUACAGCGGAUCCUGUGACUCCAAGAUGAAGCCUGCCAGCCUAAACUACUGUCGCCACGUUCUGGCCGCCUGGGCCAUGGGGGCUGAGUCUUUCUACUACCCCCCUGAUGCAGGACUGCCUCUAGGAGGUCCAGGGUCUUCUAGGUUUCUUCGACUGGAGGUGCACUACCACAACCCACUCCUCUUAUCAGGUCGGAAGGACAACUCGGGGGUGCGUCUCUACCACACCCCCAGCCUAAGGAGGUACGACGCGGGCAUCAUGGAGCUGGGGCUGGUCUAUACCCCUGUCAUGGCCAUACCACCCAGAGAACAGAACUUCCAGCUCACAGGAUUCUGCACAUCCAAGUGUACACAAACUGCCCUGCCUCCAGGGGGGAUCAACAUCUUUGCGUCCCAGCUGCACACUCACUUGGCGGGGAGAGGGGUGAGGACGGUCCUGGUGAGGGGUGGAAGAGAGUUGAAGGUGGUACAGGAGGAUAAGCAUUUCAGCACCCACUAUCAGAUAAUCAGAAUGCUAAGGAAGAUGGUGACAGUGCUGCCUGGUGACGUCCUCUUGACAAAGUGUACAUACAACACAGAGGACAGGAGCCAGCCUACAGUGGGAGGCUUUGGGAUCAUGGAGGAGAUGUGUGUGAACUAUGUCCACUACUACCCCAGGACUCAACUAGAGCUCUGUAAGAGUAACGUUGACCCUGGAUACCUGCAGAAGUACUUCAGCUUCAUCAACAGGUUCCAGGGUGGUGAUGCGUGUAGCUGUGGUCAGACCAGUGUAACGGACCAGUUCUCCUCUUUGUCCUGGGACUCCUUCAGUGGAGAGGUGCUCAACUCUCUCUACAACACCGCUCCAAUCUCCAUGGCCUGUAACCAGUCCUCCGCCAAGCUCUUCCCUGGCGACUGGGAGAGGCAGGAGCUUCCUGUUGUGACAUCACAGCUCCAGAGGCCCCGCUACCCGUGUGAGGGUGGCAAAAUGCCCUCCCAGAGCAGUGAACCCACCGUGGUGCAGCCUGAUGGGGAUGGGGGGGUCUGACGCCCCCGCUGAAGCCCCUCUCCUCUGUCUGAAUAUCAACACCCCUCCUUCUAUUUCUCUCUCUGGUGAAGCACAUCCACCACAUCAUCAACACAAGGACUAGCAUGAUAUCAGCUCUGUCAUCACCACAUUCCAGUAUUAUCACACAGUGAAUAAAAACAACAUACUCCAACAUCUCUCACCAGAUAUUUAUUUGCCAAUGAAUCUUAAAACAUUGUCACAUUGUUGGGUGAAGAUACUGGUGGAUAAAUAUGAAGCUUGAUUUUACUGGUUGUCGUCGUUUAUCAUUUUAAGCUGGAUGUCAAUCAUUGACAUCAAGAACUGCAUAUCAAUGAUACAUGUAAAAGUCUUCUAAACCUGUCACUCAAUUGAUUUGGACAUAUAGGGCCAGUUUCCCAGACACAGAUUAAGCCUAGUCCUAGUCUCAUGCUUAAACAAAUCACAUUAUUGUCUAUCCCAAAGAAAGAAUUCAUGGAUUGCAUUUGAAAUGAAUCAAUAAAAUGUAUUGAGGAAUUCA